AUGUCUCAUGGAAAAUGGACACCCGAGAACUUUGGCUGGAUUGCCGUCCCAAGGAAUCGCUCCAACGUCCCGUCUGCUGAGGAUGUUAAAGAGAUGAACAAUGAUUUCUACUCAGACCCCAUGGACGCCUGGCCCGUGACCGAUGUGACGGACAAGGCGCGUGAGUAUGCACAGCAACACCUUUCGAAGGAGACUUUCAAUCACAGCAUGAGGGUAUUCUGCUACGGUAUCUACAUAAUCCAACACUACUUCCCAGAAUACCAUUCUAAGGCCUUCUUCGAAACCUGGGCACUGACCUGCCUAUUCCACGACAUCGGCACGACCGACGAAAACAUGUCCAACACGCACAUGUCCUUCGAGUUCCAAGGCGGCCUUCUCGCUUUGACAAAGUUGCAGGAGUUCGGCGCUCACAAAAUCCAAGCAGAGAGCGUUGCCGAGGCCAUCAUCCGCCACCAGGACCCUGGUGAGACGGGCACGGUCAGUGCGAUGGUGCAGAUGAUCCAGAUUGCUACUGAGUUCGACAACAUGGGACUACAACCACAUCUUGUUGGCCGGGAGGUCAUCGAAUCGGUGACGGCGCAACUGCCUCGGAUGGGCUGGUCGGGAUGUUUCUCGAGCACCAUUCUGAAGGAGAUUAGAUUGAAGCCUUGGUGCCACACUACGGCAUUGGAGAACUUUGCCGAGUCUGUGGCGGGGAAUGAGCUUAUGAGACCUUUUGAAUGA